AUGGAUGACCUCUCAAGCGUGGAUUGGGCGCCCUCCAAAGCGCACUUAGCAGGUCGGCAACAUCCCCCAGCUCUAGGCACCUACUAUUCAACUCUAAGGCCAACCCCUCCUGUAUCUGGAAGCUCCACGCCGUCCGCAUUUCCACCGCCAGGCCAACUGCCAAAAAAAGUUCCCUCAAGAAGCAGCGGCUCAACGCCAGCCAAUGACAGCUUUGCCAAUCUGGUCGCCUUCGGUGGCCAACAGUCCACGAAGAGCCCGUCAUUACAGGAACAGCAGAAGCGACUGCAAGAGGAAAGGGCGAAGCAAGAAGCGGAGAAGAGGAGACAAUUCGAUGCACGUUUUGGUAGUGUGCAGCCCGCAUCUUGGGAUACGUUGGGCGAUGGGAGGACUACACCUGACAGGAUUACGUCUCCUCCAACUUACACGGCUACAAAUGAAUAUGGAGGGCAAAAGUUAUCGAAGGUUAUCAAUAAACCCUUUGCAGGGAUACCCGCUCCUUCAUCCGCGAAGAGGUCUAUAGAUGACGAUAACGAUCUGUUUUCAGCCUUCAAUGCUUCGGCGCCGGUUGAUAGAUCUAGUCAUAUGUCGCCUCCCUCCAAGUCUUCAAGUCUAGAUGAUCCACCUUUGUUGAAAAGUCCAGGUGGCCCCAGCUCGAUAUCAGCGGUCAAGAACGUUGAUGGAAGCAGUAGGGACCAUACAGAGGACCAGGACGAUGACCCAUUCGGUCUCGGUACGGACGGCUUCAUGAAAAAGCCAAAACAAGACGCCAUUGCCAACGUCAAAUCUGAGGAGGACGACGAUGUACUAGGGCUAUUAGGUCGCCCAGUCUCCGAGUUUCCCAAGCCGCAGCCGAGAAUGGAAAAGGCUCCGGAACCUGCAAGCGACGCUUCCCUUCACCCUCAAGAUCGGGCAGUCGCGGAGCUGGUAGAUAUGGGCUUCACUCCCGAGAAAUCAAGAACAGCUCUCGAGGCUACUGAAAGCGGUACGGAUGUUGAGGCUGCUGUUGGGUGGCUGUUGAACCAAGCGCACGAGGAGUCUCGAAAGAAGAGCCAAUCGCAGGAUCAUCAGGAAGAGGAUCGAAAUGCCGCUGAAAGAUCCCAACGAUCGAAAAGGACUCCUGGACGCCGGAAAAGCUCAAUUGGUGGCUCGGCGAAGCCAGCUUGGAUGCGAGAGCAGGAACUAAAUGGGACUAGUCGGCAACGGCAGGAUAGCAAAUCUCCUGCGAAUGAGGAGAAAGAUCCCUCGCAGUAUGCAGCCGAGAUUGGGACCAAGAUGUUCAAGACUGCUAACUCAUUGUGGAAGACGGGAACGAAAAGGUUGAAUCAGGCAGUCGCUGAGUUUAAUUCAGACAGUGAUUCCAGCCAGCCCAAAUGGAUGAAAGAGGCUCAAACAGAAGCAGGCGCUCGAAAGCCAAGACCUCCACGGCGGGAGCUUGAUGCCAAUGAUCAUGAUCGGAUGGCCAGGAACGUACAGCAACAACCGGCAGCGCGGCCAACGCAACCGGAUGUCACGGACGAGGCUCUGAUGCUUGAAGCCGACUCUCGUCCGCCUCCGCGAAAGUCCCGACCGAAAGCAGAUGCCCCCGAAGACCUUUCAAGACCGCCGCCGCCAGCACGAUCGAGGGAGCCUCAAGAGCAGUCUAAGCCUCAACCUAAGUUUAUGCCACAGCAGUCAGCUCGUGACCCGAGAGCAAAGCUGAGUAGGCAAGCUAUUGAGGACGAAGCCUCUCAAGCGUACAUCAGCCCAGCGCGACGGAAGAAGACGACUCCCAAACCGCCACCUACUGAACAGGAGCCGGAUCUACUGUUCGACCCUUCUCAGUCAUCAUAUCAAUCUGCGCCAACAUCUUCUCGCCCAAAGCCUGCACCUCAAGCGGUCAAACGUCCAACGACUUCCCUCCCAACGCGUCCACCUGCGCCCAAACGAAACAUUCCAGCCAUCUCCCCUUUUGCUCUACAAGCGUCGACAAAAGCCCGCCAGGAAGGCACCUUGGCUUUCAAACGAGGUGACUAUGCACUUGCUACAACAUUAUAUUCGACCGGCAUCACUGCCGUUCCCUCCACGCAUCCUCUAGUUCUUCCCAUGCUUACCAAUCGUGCACUCGCACACCUUAAAACUGGUGAUCCUAAAGCCGCAGUCAUAGACGCCAAAUCUGCUCUUGAUUUAAUAGGACCUUCGCGGGGAGCUUCAGAGAGUGUUGAUCUUAGCGGCGAUGAAGGCGUCAAGCCGAUGACUACUUACUGGGAAAAGGCAAUGACCCGGCAAGCUGAAGCCUUAGAACAAUUGGAGCGCUGGUCCGAAGCAGCUAUAGUCUGGAAGGCAUGCGUAGAAGCAGGCGUGGGAGGUGCAACUAGCAUUGCGGGAAGGAACAGAUGCGAGAAAGCUGCAGCAGGAUCACAGACUAAAUCUUCUGUGGCGCGCAAGCCAGCCGCUCCGAAACCUAAGCCAAAGGUCUCCGCCCUGGGUGACCUAGCGCCCGAAUCUGCGCAGUCCGCCGAGGCAGUCUCGAGAUUACGAGCAGCGAAUGCUGCGGCGGACCGUGUAGAUGAUGAGAAAUUCGCCCUUGCAGAUGUAGUUGAUUUGCGGGUCAAGAAAUGGCGAUUGGGGAAAGAGAGCAAUCUGAGAGCGUUGCUAUCGACCUUGCAAAAUGUUCUCUGGGAAGGAAGCGGGUGGAAAGAGAUUGGGAUGGGGGAACUCUUGAUGGCUGGCAAGGUGAAGAUUAAUUACAUGAAGGGGAUUGCGAAGGUGCAUCCGGAUAAGCUGCCUAUGACGGCGACUACAGAGCAGAAGAUGAUCAGCGCUGCGGUUUUCGCAACGUUGAAUGAAGCGUGGGAGAAGUUCAAGCAGGAGAACAACCUUUGA